UACCAAUUGGCCAUCAAAAUGAAGUCCAAAUACUUAUCGGAGAAGGUUUUAGACUUUCUUCUCAUUUCUGCAAUUGCCUAUCAUUUGAUAAUCUCGCCUUAUACAAAAGUGGAGGAGUCGUUCAACAUACAAGCUGUGCACGAUAUGCUUAAUUAUGGGGUUUUCCCACAAGAGAUUGUUAGAGAAAACUAUGACCAUAUGGAGUUUCCUGGAGUGGUUCCACGGACUUUUAUUGGAAGCUUAUUUCUUUCAGGAGCUGUCAAGUUCUUUGAUAUCUUGUCGUCCUUUUUUGGUAAAUCGCUUAUCACCAACGAUGGCAUUUCUCAACUUGACGUUCAAAUGUUGGUCAGAGGUAUUCUUGGUCUUACUAAUGCAUGCUCCUUCAUAGAAAUAAGGAAUACAGUGAAUAGAGUCUGUAUUGAUGUAGGGAAUUUCAAAGCAAGAGCCAGAAUUGGAUUUUGGUUCAUUCUUCUUUUAUUAUCCCAAUUUCAUAUCUUAUACUAUUCAUCUAGAACUUUACCAAACUUCAUUGCAUUACCUUUAACCAACCAUGCUGUCUCUAAGCUAUUGGCAGGUGAAAUGACUGGUUAUGCUUGGUUGUCAUUUACGGCUAUAGUAUUUAGAUUGGAAGUUGGUUUAUUUGGGGUGAUAAUCGCAUUAGUUUCUUCUCUUAUUUAUCUCCAGUCGAACUUCUGGCAUAAUACCUUGAUGCUCGUAGUUGGUACUGUUACAGGCUUAAUUGCAACCGGCUUGAUUGACUCAUACUUUUGGGGGUAUUGGCUCAUUCCAGAAUUAGUUUCAUUCAAAUUUAACAUUUUAUUUGGAAAAUCUACUGAAUGGGGAGUUGAACCUUGGUCUUCGUAUUUCUUGAAUUAUUCUCAACAGCUAUUCAAACCCGCUACAAUUUUGCUUUUGCUUAUCCCUUAUGGUAAUUAUGAUCCUUUCAAUGACGGCCGCAAAAUCCCUUCAAAUUUGAAGAGGAGCGAACAUUAUUUAUUGAAACAUCCAGCUAGGUAUUCCAUUGAUAUUUUAUGGGUAUCUUCAGUUUUGUUCGUUGCUGGUAUGUCCUUUCAACCCCAUAAAGAAUGGAGGUUCGUCAUCUAUACAAUUCCGGUAUUCUUACUAAAAGCUGCAACCACUCUCUGUGGUUGGUCAAUAAAGCGUUCUAAAAAAUACAUUAUAUAUUCCACCUUGCUUACAUUUUUCUUUGCUAAUUUGGUUUUAGGAACUGGAUUGUCUAUACUAAUGGGUUAUGUCUCGAGUUUCAAUUAUCCAGGUGGGGAUGCCAUUACAUCUUUAAAUAAAUUCAUUCACAAUCAAAACUUUACAGAAGAGUCCUUGGUUCAUAUGGAUGUUGCUUCCUGUAUGUCAGGAAUAACAAGAUUCACAGAGUCUCAUGGUGGUCUUGUGAAAUAUGACAAAACAGAGAAAGAGCUUGACUUGCUUAAAAUAUGGAACGACAUUGACUUUAGAAUAACUGAGAAUUCUUUAGAUAGUACCUUGAAGUUGGAAGGUGUCAAGAACGAUGUGGUCCUUCACAAUGAAAAUCAUUGGAGGCUCAUUCAUAAAGCUGAGAAAUUCGAGGCUGUCACUGUCUUGCCCAUCAUCUUCAUUCUUCAACAACAAGGAAAGGACUCAAGAUAUUUAAUAAAUUUUGCAGCAAAAAUUGUUUCGGAAGCCGUAGAAAGAAGGUUUGACACAAUAACUAAUCUUUUGAAUGAAAUGAUUGUUAAAACGGACUACUUAUAUAUAUACGAAAGGGUAGGCUCCGAUGAUCAGGUUUAUCAAUUGAUAGAAGAUUACGCUACCCAAGACCAUCCUCAGGAUGAGAAUUUAGAACCUGAGGAUGGAUUGAUAGAGGAUGUAAAAUUAGAAGAUUUGGGUGAAGACGUUAAUGAAGAAAUCGAUAGGAUAGAAACACUCCUUGGAUGAGCCUCUUAUAUUGCCCAUUUUACAUUCACA